AUGGCUGAGUGCACCAUCCGUACCAGGAAGUUCAUGAACAACCGCCUCCUCCAGAGGAAGCAGUUCAUCAUCGAUGUGAUCCACCAGGGUCGCCCCAACGUCUCCAAGGCUGAGCUCAAGGAGAAGAUCGGUAAGAUGUACAAGGUCAAGGAUGCCCAGGCUGUGUUCCUCUUCGGCUUCAAGACCCAGUUCGGUGGCGGCAAGAGCUCCGGCUUCGGUCUCAUCUACGACAACCUCACCGUUGCCAAGAAGUUCGAGCCCAAGUACCGCCUCGUCAGGAACGGUCUUGCCACCAGGGAGGCCUCCACGAGGAAGCAGAGGAAGGAAAGGAAGAACCGAGCCAAGAAGGUGCGCGGUACCAAGAAGGCCAAGCUCCCCGGCAAGGCCAAGUAA